AUUUUCCUUCCCAUAAUUUUUUUAAUUCACUAUUUUCUAUUGACAGCUGGAGGAGGGAAAAUGGUAGAUACGAAUACGUGUAUUUUCAGCACAGUUCAGUUUCAUAUCUCUUGUUGCAGUGCUUUUUUUGUUAGUGUUCCGUGUCAAAAUGCGUUACUAUGGAAACGGCGCUCAAGUUGAAUGAUGCACCAAAUUCGAAAUGCCUCUUUUCGGAAACAAGUUUUCUCCCAAAAGAACUCCUAUUCGGAAAAGCAGUAUCGAUUUGGUGAAAAAUAACGUACAAGAUCUAGUAUCUGAAGGCAGGGUAGUAUAUUUGAAUCUAGGCGAUCAGAAAUUCAAAUUUGAUGAUGGAGAAUGGAUACCAGAAGGAGGAGAGCAAGGUAGUAUUCACAAAACAAAGCAGAAAUUAAAGAAAAAGCUACAUGAAGUUGAAGAGGAAAAUAAUAUGUUGAAACUGAAGUAUGAAAUGAUGCUUAACAUGCUCACUGAAGCAACAAUACAAAAACAAGAACGGGAAGAAUUAGAUGUCUAUUCUAAGAAAAAAUAAAAAUAUAUUAAGAUUUUAGAUAUAUUUACAACUUAGGGCGAUACUUUACACAUUUAUGCUUAUACAUAACCCACUUCAACAACUUCAGUUGUUAUUAGGACAUUUAGUCCUAAUGUGACCUGAAAAUAAGUAAAUAAUGAUUACAGCAUUUUGUAUUGUCAAAAACGGUCAAUUGUAUGAAAAAAUGUUCGAGACAAAAGUUGUGUAUACUAUAAAUAUACCUUCUUCUCCGCAGAU